AUGGAAGGAAUCGAAGUGCGACGUAUUUUCUCGAAGUAUGGCGAAUCGCCGGCUGCCGUACGGGUGCACCAACAGGCUGCAAAAACGAUGCUCGACAUUGUUCAGUGGUCUUCAAUGCCACUGAUUUUUGUUAAGGAACAUCAGUAUGAUCUUGCUGUUAUCGGCGGUGGUUCUGGUGGCCUUGCAGCUGCGAAGGAAGCUGCUCGUCUUGGCAAAAAAGUUGUUUGCUUGGAUUUCGUUAAGCCAUCGACAAUGGGUACAACUUGGGGUUUGGGCGGCACAUGUGUCAAUGUUGGCUGCAUACCGAAGAAGCUGAUGCACCAAGCUGCCUUGCUGGGCGAGCAAAUCGAAGACGCGAAGAAAUUUGGCUGGCAAGUGCCUGCUGGGGAAAUCAAACUUGACUGGGAGCGCAUGAAGAGCGCGGUACAGGAUCAUAUUGCUUCGCUGAACUGGGGAUACAGGGUCCAGCUAAGGGAACGAUCAGUGACUUACAUGAACUCAUAUGCCACAUUUACCGGUUCACAUGAGCUGACCGCAAAAAACAAGAAAGGAAAAAUCGAAAAAGUUACAGCGGACAAGUUUUUGAUUGCGACCGGUCUGAGACCCCGCUUUCCGGAUGUUCCAGGUGCGCUGGAGUGUUGCAUUAGCAGUGAUGAUCUCUUUUCUCUGCCGUACAAUCCUGGGAAAACUCUUUGUGUUGGCGCAUCGUAUGUCUCACUGGAAUGUGCUGGAUUUUUGAGAGGCAUUGGUAACGAUGUUACGGUUAUGGUCAGAUCAAUUUUAUUGCGUGGCUUUGAUCAAGAUAUGGCUGAACGCAUACGAAAACAUAUGAUGGAACACGGCAUCAAGUUUGUCCAGUCUGUCCCAGUGAAAUACGAGAAGAUCCGGGAAGCAACGAAUAAUGGUCCCGGUCUGAUUAGAGUUCAUACCAUUCAGCAACGAGGUGAUGGCGUUAACGAGGAGGUUACCGAGGAUUUCAACACUGUUUUGAUGGCAAUUGGACGUGAUGCAGUAACAAACGAGUUAGGACUGGAAAAAAUUGGUGUCAAACGAACAGCGUCGGGCAAAAUUGUUGGAAGGAGAGAACAAAGCAUCAGUUGCCCAUACGUUUACGCGGUUGGCGAUGUGCUGAAUGGCUGCCCGGAACUUACACCAGUUGCGAUCCAGGCCGGCCGAGUGUUGAUGAGGCGUAUAUUCACCGGCAAUUCUGAGCUUACUGAAUACGACAAAGUACCAACAACUGUCUUCACACCACUGGAAUAUGGUUGCUGUGGCUUAUCUGAAGAAGUUGCCGUUCAAAAGUGUGUUUUUUCUAGUACCUCUUCAGCACUUCAGUUUUGGCCGUGUAACCAUUAUUCUCGUGCUAGAGUUUUUUAG